AUGGCUACCACGGAAAUUGGCACAGUCCCAGCGCCCCAGGAGGGCGCACCUGGCCCAUCCAACGUAGCUUCGCCAUCCAAACCGAAACCGAAGAAUGUAGACAUCAAGAACGGCAAAGUCGUCUUCAAGCAGAAACCCGUCUCCUUCGAUAAGGCGACAGAGACCAUGCAGGAGACCGUCAAGUUCCGCGAACUACUCGAAUCACGAGUGGAGAAAUCCGAGCCUCCGCUCGACGUGAUCUCUACGGAGUUCUACCCCUUGAUCGCCAAAUUCGUACACGAGAGUGACAAAACCGCAACCGCCCUCGCCAAACACAUCCACCAACAACUCACACCCGAGACGGACGAAGACGACGAGGACGAGACGCCCUCGCAGCCUCCACUAACGCUCGACGCCGUAGAAUCCGCCAUCAAAUCCGUAGCCCAGCGCACGAACUACGGCGUCGACGGCAGCAAUCUGGGCCUGGGCAAGGCGCCGCCUGCGGCGCUGUGCGUGUGGAGGUGGGAAGUGGCGAGUUGUAAUUGGGAGUGGCUGCCUAAGGCGAGCAGGGAUAAGGCGCAGAGCAGGCUGGCCGAGCGCGUUCAGAUGCAGAAAGAGCUUCAAUCGAUAUUCGACGCGUUACCACACGCAGAGCAGUGCUCGAUGCUGGGCAUCAAAGCCGACGCCGUGCCCAAGUCCAAACUACAACCACUACCCAGUGUGCCUUCAAUUGACUCUGUUCCUGUACUCGACGCGUCGAACGCACCGCCAAAGGAGAAAGAAGCUCCCAAGACACCCGCCGUCAAUGGAGGAGAGGCGGAGAAUGGUGCAACUGGCGAGACGGCGGCGAAGAAGGUCGGGCGACCGAAGAACCCCGAGACGGCUGCGAAGGAGCAAGAGCGCCAGGAGCGCAAAGCAGCCAAAGCGGAGAAAGAAAAGAAAGCGAAAGAGGCCCAAGCCAAAUCGCAGUCCAUGAUGGCCUCGUUCUUCAAGACCAAAGCUUCCCCGCCCGUCACGCUCGAACGCACGCCCUCUACUCCCACCAUACCCAGGGUGUCGGACUUUGACAAGACGUUUAAGCCGUUCGUGUUGAAGAAGGGCAGCGUCAUGGCGCCGGUUAACGCGUUCAGGGUGCCGAUUAAGAGGCGGAAGGUCGAGGAGGAGGGGAAGGAGGUUAUUGUGAUUGAUGAUGAGGAGCCGGUUGAGGGCGGGGAUGAUGAGAUCGAGGUGGUGGAGACGCCCGUGGAGGUCCUGAAGCCCGGGUACAAACCCACACUCAUCCCCGGCGUCCCACCCCCCUCAUCCCUCAACGCCCGCGCGCACGGCUUCAAGACCUACCACCCCGACCCCGUCCGCACGCUCCUCUCCCGCCUCUCCGAAGCCGAAGUAACAGGCGACGCCACGCUCGUCCGGCACCUCACCACCGCCCUCGCCUCGCGCACGCGCUACCCCGCCAAAGUCCUCAUAUUCCACGAAGACGCGCGCCCGGGCUACUUCGGCACCUUCACGCGCCGCUCGCGGCUGAUCGGCGCGCGGACGCCGCUGGUGAAGGACGACGCGGUGCUGGAUUAUGGGUACGAGAGCGGCGAUGAUUGGGAUGAGGAGGAGGGCGGGGAGGAUGUUGCGGAGGGGGAUGCGGAGGAGGAUGAGGAGGGGAGUGCGGACGAGGACGAGAUGGACGGGUGGCUUGUGGGCGACGAUGAGGAGGACGAGCGGGCUGUCACGCCUAUCGAAGAGCGCGAGGGGUUCGGCGCGGAUCCGUUCGAUAUGCCGCUUCCGCCGCCGCCUGUGCAGAAGAGAAAGGCGGAGGCGGGAGCGGGAGGGAAGGAUAAGGGCGAGGAAAGGGCGAAGAAGAGGAAGGUCGUUGUGCCGCUCGUGCCGUUUGUGAAGGGCCCGUGUUUGGAGGGCGAGAUUGGACGGUGCGAGUAUGAACCGUUCAAUCAGUACAGGAUACAGUUCUUCAAUGAUUCGCCUUCGCCGUUGGAUCCGUUCACGUUCGUGUCGCAGCCCAUAACCAUCGCGAAGAACGCGCCCGCUCCAGCUCCUACCGCCCAACCUCCAACCGCCGCCCCAACUUCAGUCCAAUUCGUCGUCCCCACUCUCCCCGCCCACGUCGCCUCAGCAACUUCUUCAACCCCCACCACGCCCUCCCCCGCCACGUCAGACCCCACAACACCCAAAAAACCCAAACCUCAGCCCAAAUCGGCCUUCCCUGACACGCACCUCACAUACCUGCACACCAAAGUCUCGCAGAUGAACACCGGCUCUCUACCGCUGCUCGUGGACGCGGUGUAUCAGGACUUGAAAGCGCACAAGGUCAAGAAGAACGCGAUCGAGGCGAAGAUCAGGGAGGUGUGUUGGAAGAGUAAGGUUGGUGGGGGUGGGGGGAGCGUUUGGAGUGUUCGGCCGGAUGGAAAUGGCGGUGCGGUGCAGGCUCCGAUACAGGGCGUUGUGAAGAUGGAAGUCGCAUGA